UUUGUGGAAAGGUCAAAUGUGUGUGUGAGUGGCGGCGGAGGCGGGCGAGGAUGAGGGGAGGGAAGGAGGGGGAGGGGGAGGAGGAGUAGUCGGAUGCUGAGGAGGAGAGACGAGCAGCACAAAAGACAACAAGUGAGGAAACUGUUGCUCUGCACGCCAGCUCGCUCUGCUGCGGAAGUCCGCUUAACUCCCUCGCCAGAAUAAAAGCCGUUUAUUUUUUAUUACAUUUUUUUGUAACUUGCUUCGAGAGCCGCCGUGCUGAAAGGACUUUCUUUAGGACUUUUGAAGAACAUUUGACGUCUCCUCCUGGACCGCGAGGACCAACUACAGAAUUGUGCAGAAUUUCCGUCCGGAUGGCUUUAAAGCAAAAUUCCCCGCGUUUAUGAAGAGUAGGCGCGUCCUAUUCUGAGUGGAAAACGUCCAUCCGAACCCGACGGGGAGAAGCUCCGGGGGGAGGAAUAAAGGAGCGGCUGUUUGUGAGCUUCCACUGCCUGGACCGCCGAGAAUGUGGUGGGUGAGAUGAACUCCAGUGGGAAUAGUGUAGACCCCACCUGACAGCUCUCCGCCUCAGCACACAAGAGCGUUGUGGCCCCCGCAGACAAAACAACCCGCGAGGACGUCCGCCGUCCCUUCAAAUGUAGCCGAGUGCUCAGAUAAAUUGAAAUAAAUGCACUAGCAAAAUCUCCCACGUCCUCCCAAACCUAUUUGCAGCAUUCCGGUCGUGACGUUCCACCAAGACCUCAGACUGGCCGGCACAAGCGUCCCAGCCAAGGGGGAGGAGGACUUCCUCACGCUGGCCGCCUCUCGGCUGAGUCGCAAGAAGCGCGUGAUCGGAGCUGGAGUCGGCGUGGCCAUGGUCCUGGUCCUGCUGGUGGCCAUCCCCCUAUUGGUCCACACCACCAAAGGGGGCGGGUCCGGGGGUGUGGGCACGCACUACGAGAUGCUCGGGAGCUGCAAGAUGGUGUGCGACACGUUCACCCCCCCUCAAGGGGAGCUGGCAGGCGCCUCCCCGCAGCCCCCGGAUUUGGCAAACCGCAGGGGCAAACCGGGUUUCAGAGGAACCGCGGGACUCCCUGGUCCCCCGGGUCCGAAGGGCUCUCCUGGAGAGCCGGGGAAGCCCGGUCCGCCUGGUCCGCCCGGGCCCGGACCCGGUGGCUACGGCCCGUCCUUGUACACGCCCAAGAUCGCCUUCUACGCCGGCCUGCGGAAGCAACACGAAGGCAGCGAGGUCCUGAAGUUCGACGACGUGGUGACCAACGUUGGGAACUACUACGAGCCCAGUACGGGCAAGUUCACCUGCCCUCUGCCUGGCAUCUACUACUUCACCUACCACGUACUCAUGAGAGGAGGGGAUGGCACCAGCAUGUGGGCUGACCUCAAGAAGAACGGGCAGGUGAGGGCCAGUGCCAUCGCCCAAGAUGCGGACCAGAAUUACGACUACGCCUCCAACAGUGUCAUCCUGCACCUGGACGUGGGGGACGAGGUGUGCGUGCAGCUGGACGGGGGCAAAGUUCACGGCGGGAAUACCAACAAAUACAGCACCUUCUCCGGCUUCCUCAUCUACCCCGACUGACGUCUGCACUUUAUCUCCUGCCGCGUCUAACGGGCCAUCAUUCCAUUAUGUCAGUGAAGAGAAUU